AGACAGAGCGGCGGGGCCUGAGCGGUGGAGGCAGAGAGUGCUGUCUGUCUGUCGGAGUUACCCCUGAAGUGAUGUGUGAACGGUAAGUAAUGGAACCCAUUUGUAGCUGAGUUCUGGUUUGGACCAUCGGGGUAAUGCUUUCCCGUGUUUCACUUGGUUGCUUCAAGGGUUCUGUGGAGCUGGAUACCAGCAGUCGUUAGUGUAUAUACUUAAGGUAGUGUUUAUAAGCCCUAAAUGAUCCUAUACAACAUCCAUAGGUGGCUGUUUAUUCUUUAUCCUUACACAUUUCAGAGUUUUAUGUCAGCGACAUUUUCCUCGCAAUCUAAAGACGUAUGCUUGAAAACAAGAGGUUUCCAGGCACCAAAAAGAAGUGCUAUGACUACUUAUAUUAAAAACAACUGCAACAGUUAGGAAUUAUAAACUCUUAAUGUUUAGUUUUGCAGGCAAUUUCUUGGCAAACAAGUUUUUCUAAGGCUGUCUUGGUAACACUGACAAUGAUAACGUAGUAUCAUCAUACGUUAUCUUUUCUUUCUAAGGGUUGUCUGAAGAUUCCUGUCCUAGAGCAAAGUAACUCGUGCUUUUUGCAGUGGACUGUGCAUUUGUCAUACAGCCUAUAUGACCGUAUGAGUUUUUCCUUCGAGUUUCAGUGGAAUAGUAUUUUUCCAUCUUCAGCUCAUUAAAACUUGGCUUUGUUUGAGGUACUGAUUAUUCUUUGUAUCUAUUUUUAAUACAUUUUCCAUGGUCUAAUUUUGAGAACCAUUGUUGCGAAGGAAGUGUUGCCAGGGAAUUAAAAAGAUGGGGUGAAAGAAGGGAAUGCCAACCUGUCUUCCAUUGCCUUGGUGUGUAGGGGACUCUCAGAUGUGCUCAGUGUCUUCCACUAUUCGGUAGUGAUGUAAGUACUGAGAAAGUACACGUUGCAUAUAAAUGGUAAAGCAGAAGAUGAGCUGCGAAGCAGGUUAUCUUACUUAAUGACGCAGUAGUCUAAGGGGUAUAUAGAAGUGGGUCUUUUCUCUUCUGGAAAGCAGAUAUCAUGCUUUGGAGAAUGGAGAAGUGCAAAUCAGAAAGGUUUUCAAACAGAAGUCUAAACCGCAUGGCUCCAGUGUUUGGAGGUCUGAAGAGGUGAUGAGCGAUUCUGAGCCUUUAAAGUGUCUUGUAUAAGUAACACUGUGCUCACCUGUAGAGUUGUUUGCAGUAAAAAAAAGAAAGCUAAAACACUUAAUAUGAGUUCCUUGAUGACUUUCUUGCGAUGCCAGUCCUGUUGUUAAUACUUGGCUGCGUGAUGUACCUUUUGCAACAUGUCAAAAGCAUCGUCAGAAAAUACUUUCAGUAUUCUGUACUGAAAUCUUAAUUUGUUAUGUGUGUGGAUGCACACUUCUAGUGAGUGAGUUCUUCAGUAUCAAACUUAGUAAGGUCAGCAUUACACAGUAGAAUAAGUCAGUAUCUUGUUUGAUUUCACGGUGAGAAUUUGAGGUAAAUUUGGGUUCCUGUGCUGUUGUGAUAUGGAGGUAACGUUUUGGUUCAUCUGGGGGGAAAUGUUUUGGCACUUUCAGACUGACGUGCUUUGGGUGAUAAAGAAGUGAGUUUUAUAUACUCUGAUUCACGGGAGCUCCGUUAUGUAAGAACACUUAUUGUGGGACAUCAGUGGGGACGUUAGAAGUAUUCAGAAUUUCUUGGAGGGAUAAAAUGUAGUUUUAAAGGGAUUGGUAUUCUUCUGAGCUCUCCUUAUCUCAGGUAGGUGCGUACCGUGGCUGUCAGCCAUGUAUGCUUUGAUGACAAGUAGUAUUUUUCAUAAUGAUUUAAUUAGGAAUUUGCAAAAUGUUGCUGUUAGCCAUGAUCCUCAGCUUUUCAUUUUUCUUUGAAGGACGUGUAACUCUAAAGGAUGCCUCUUAUGAAUCUGGCUGGUUUAUUUUUUUUAGGGCCCUGACUAGGCUUGGUUCCUAAUACUAAAUAAAUUUGUUUUUCUAGCAUCAGCUUGAUAAGUCUCAAAGUGGGAUGCUCACGUAUGGGCCUGCUUGGCAAACAGGAGCGAGCCGCUGUGAGGAGCCACCUGCAACUGUGCCUCACCAUCAGCGUGUGUGCAGUCCUGCCUGCAGCAGUGCUGGGCCCAUACAUGCCAGGGUGUACCUGCGUCUGGUUCUUAAAGCAGAACCUUUUUGUGAGGUGUGUUUUAAAGCUCAGUAGACGAAGCAUCAUCUGCAGGCCAUGCUAUUAAUGUCAUCAGCAAAGAGCCUGGAGGGGAAUAGCGUAGGCUACGAGCGAAGAAACAGCGGUAGUAAAAUCUGUUGAUAGUAGGAUGUGCUUAAUGGAUUGUUUCAUGACUGCCUGCAAGAAAUAAGGGAGGCAAUAUUCAGGUGGGAUUGUUUUGAAGAACACUGCGAUACGCGACCAUGAAGUUAGCUGUAAUUUUACUUUAUUUUUUAAAUAGGUAAAAAUGAGAGGAGCAUUGAUAAUGAGAGCUGGUGAGGAAAGAAGAACGAAGCUGGAUGUAGGGAAAUGCAUGCUGACUUCAUUCUGCAGUACUGUGCUUUUUUAAAAUAGAAGGCAAACAUUGAAGUUUUGAUUCAACUUUUCUCAGGUUACCUCAUUUGUGGGGUUGCUCCGUUUGUCUGUCCCUCCCACUCAGCAGCGUGUGCAUAUAAAUGUAUAUGUAUGUAUGUAAAGUUCACGUAGUUAACUUUGAAUUCAGAAAUUAAGCAUUUAACUUACAUACAUGGGAACUUUCAUCAGAAAGAAUUAGAUUGCAAAGUCUGGUCCUUCAAGCCUCAUAAAAUUGUAACCGGGUACAGGAAACGUGUCAGAAUUAUUGCAGCCUCUCAGAGAAGAACUGCUCAGAGCUGAUGUGGGAUGGAUUCUGCAGCCUGUGAGCACAUGCAGGCUUGCAGAGUGUCUGCACCACUGCUCUCUUCCCUGGAGCAGGAGAGAGUGAGAGAGCGACUUGUGAAGAGAUGUGGAAAAACGGGAAGGAAGUUGAGGGUCAUCGUGGUGUGGGAGAAAUAUUAAGCAACAGAAGAAGAGAGCUGCAGGAAACCAGUUUUUAUUAGCUCUGCCGUUCCUAGAAAAUAUGUCUGUGCUUAUGAUCAGCAGUGGUUUUUUUGGUGGAUCCGAAUGAACUUGCUUAGUCUCAGCUAGUUGGGUGUUUUGGGGGGAUUGGCAGGAGGGAACUCCAAUUGGAAUCUCAUCUCAUGCCGUGCUUCAGCUGAGCAGUUGCUCUUUGUGUGCAUUGAUGUAACUGUCCGUGGCUCAGCAACAGAUUCCAGUGCAGUACUUAAUUUUGUAAUGUGCUUCUAAAAAUAAGCACCUAGUCUUAUGUAACACCUCUUGCAUUGUUAGCACCUAAAGCCUUCAUCCCCACCGGCACGAAGUGAAGUACAAUUGCAUCCUACCUGAUUUUUUUCAGCGUGGGUAUUUACAUCUGAAAUAUGUUCCCUGACAAUGUCUGUGGCCAGACAGUAUUUUUGCUUGUGUUUCAGGAAUACCAACAACCUGGUUUGCACAGUUGGAUGAGUUACUCCCCUCCAUUUGCUGUUCUGCAGCAUCAUUUUGGUAUAUCUGAGAGAACCACCUAUUUGAAAGAGCUGUGUAGUACUUGAGACAUUUCUUCCUAUAAUUUGAAGAACAGUGGAUUCCUGCUCACAUGUGCAUGCACUUCACAAGUUGCAGUUUUUGAGGCAUCUCACAUAAUCUGUCUCUGCAGCGGGGCUGCAAUGGUUAUGAAAAUGUGUGGAUGCUACACAUGUGAAAAGACAGUAAUUGUAUUAACGCAGCUGUGAUGGCAAAUGUAAAAUAUGCUCAGGAGUAAACCUCAGGGUUUGGUUUUUUUUUUAGUAUUUCAGGUGACAUUUAUAAUCAAAUGGCAUUAUUCUCUUAGAUAUGGCAUUAUUCUGUUAGAUACUUGAUGCCUCUUGCUGUAGCCUUAGCUAUGCUUUCUUUAACGUGACAUCUAUCAUGCUUUUUGUGCCACUGUCCUGUUUUCAAUUAUGAAUUGAAUUCAGGCUACAAAUAAUGUGUUGUUAAAUUAAAUGAUGGAAUGCAUUAUAUCUUGCUGACCGGGGGGUGGCACCUGUACAGAACUGGCUUGUCAUAUGUAAAUAAUUUAUGGGACAGGAAUUGGAUGUGUCAAGAAUUACAGCUUUAGCAGAGCAACUUGAUUCUCAUCUUUCACCACUUCUUGAAGUAAGUACUGUAUUUUUAUGUGAAGAGCACAGCUGGAACUACAGAGUAGCGGGUCGAAACUUGAAUCUGAAAAUAUGAGGCCAAAGCAGAGAGGCAUUUAUUAGUUGUUCUGAUAUCGCGUUUAUAAAUUUUUCUAUAGCGGUGUUUAGGGGUAUCCCAAGUGCUUCAUUUGAUGAGGUCCUUCUCCUUCCCUGUGGGCUCCUGGGGUUCAGAGAUGAGUAAAUCCAAGGGGAUCUGAGAGCUGAAAGAAAAACUGUACAGCUAAACAAACACAGUUCCUUCAGUAGCUCCCAAUUUUAAGAAUAAGUUGAGCAUUGUAGAUGCUUUUGAUGGUUGUUUUAUCUGUGCAAUUAAAAUAAUUUAGUUUCCUAGCAGUGUCUAGAUCAGUGAUUUCAAGUUCUGGGGCUUGGGAAGUGCUGUCAGCCUCAGACUUCCUUGUAAACCAUAGAUGUCAUCAGGAGAGAUUAAAAAAAAUUAAUUAUAAUCGUAAUGCAUGGUAUUUAUGGCACCAGUAGCCUGUGCUUCACUCUGAAGGUUACCCUUGGUGAAGUAUGGAUUAACUUUGUCCUUCCCGAGGCCAAAUAGCAUGAGUGUAUAUUUGGAUGGAUAGACACGGGGCAUUUCUGUGUGGAUAGGUCUUAUUUCUACAUCAGACUCUGAUUGUUCAGUGGGAGGGUGGGCAGAGGCGGUACGUGGCAGUGUGCUGCCCAGCCUGUCACCCUGUGCCUUCUCCUAUUGGCGGAGGAUCUUCAGAGAACCCUCUCUUCCUCACCUGUGGGUUUGGGAAAAGCCCAGUGAACUCUGCACCCCCCUUUGUGGAGGCCUGGGGAUGCCGUCCCCCCAACGCUUUAUUAUUUAUUUUACACUGCUCACACAACUUGCUGCUUAUCAAAGCUCUACAUGUUUGUGGAAGGUAUCGCGCCCCCACUUCCCUCUCUAAAUCAGGUGAAACCAUGACACACAUCAUGUUUCUUCAGUGGCUGCCCUUUUGAAUCACAGCCUGCAGAAUGAAUGGAUGGUCUUCUCAUCGAGUAACGUAGAGUAAGAAUGAGCUCACAUCCCUCUAACGCUGCCCUUCUGUAGCACUUCAUAAAAUUGUGUGGGUAUGUUUUGAUCUUGACGAAGUGUGGAUAUUUGGGUUGUGAACAUGUUUUCUGUGGAAACUCUUAGUCAUUAAUAACUGUAGUGACACAUUAAAAUAUCUCUUACUGUUCUUACUGCAAAGGGAAAAAUUGUAAGAGUGACAGAUUUCACUUGGAAAGUAAGCUUCUGAAAUUGAUACGCAUUAAGAGCAUUUAAUCGUAAUCCAGUUGUCAAUGCUGAACACUAAUACUGAAAGAGAAAAAAAUGAAUGGGGGUCUUGCCUAACCAGUUAUCCUCAUGCUUUGUAGUGUCAAAGCCAGAAAACGUCAAGUUUUGACUUGUUUAACCAAGCAAAAAUCCCUCUGGUGUUGUGCUGCUUCUCUCUGAGUGCAGCUUACUGCUGUUCUGCCCACAUGAUUCUUAUUUGCUUUUCUUCCUCUGAAGAACCACUUGGUGUUUUUCUCUUACAAGCGACAGUCCACUCCUGUCAGGGUAAACGUGCUGUCCUGGAAUGAGAUCGAGGGCUGCUGGUGAAAUGGGUUCCGUGUGGAUUCCAAGGCAAGUUGUUGUUGUUCGGCGCAUGCCAUCCAUGUCCUGCUUUUGUUAGCAGUCUGACCUCUGUGGCCACUGUAAAACUUGCAAAAUAGAACUGGCAAAAAUCAGUGAUACAGAAGACUAAAUGACUAAUGUAAACAUUUCCCUUGGGACUCACAGUGAUACUUUGUAAUUAUACCCGCGUUAUGAGGAGUUAAAUUGGAUUUGGGGUUGAUGUAUGACAUGUUAGUGUUAAAAAUCUAUGCAACGCUGCUGAAGUGCUCAUAAAUCCAUUAUGUAUUCAUUUUAUAAUAAUUUUUUUUUUUUGUAACUUCAAAUAUGUUUUGAAACUUUAGCUCUUAAAGAUUUGCAUUUCUUUCACUUAGUGCAAGGAGCUUUAAAUUAGUUUACUGUAUGAACUGAGAGAGGAAGAGGUAUGUUCCUUCAAGCGUGAUGAAGGUGCUCCAAGUGCUGGUAUGAUGCUAUGAGCUGAAUUUGUAUCUGAAAAUGAGCAUUUGAGGUAAACACCAAAGACUCCAGCUGCUCUUUUUUUUUUGUAUCCCAUGUUCUCAGAAGUUCUGUGUCCUUUUUCUGCCUUCUGUAGUCUUCUGUGUGGUUUUGUUGUGAGGUGGUUGUGUUGGUUUUUGUUGUUGUUUUUCUUGUCCCCCUCUGUCUCUUACCUUUUUACCUGUUCUUUUUUUCUCUUUCAUCACUUCUACCAUCCUUCACUACAAUUUGAGAUGGAAAAGCAAUAUUUUGGAUUCUUCUGUUGUUCUUCCUCAUGCUUAGUCUUUGUAUUGCUGUGUUGUAGGAUCGUAAACUGGGAGGGAUGUAGCAUACUGUUUAUAUGGGCAUUAUAUGAGCGUUACAAACAAACUCCUCCCUGCUCAAAUGAACGUUAAAGUUGCAGACUCAAGGCUCUCUGAUUUUAAGAAAUGCUGGAGUGAAGGUUUUCUCUCCCAUCUUGAGUCAGGUUCCAUCUGUGUAGUGUUUUUGCUGUAUUCUGACCAAAUGCUGUUUUUUCCCAAGGGACUUUGGCCUCAUUUGUUCGACAAGAUGCACAGUGUUCACUCACUGGAUAGAUAGGUUGUCAGGGUUUUAAAUUCCACUAUUCAGACCAGACCAUCCAAAAUCAUAAGUAAAUUCUGGAUUAAUAUUUCCUUCCUGGAAAGGGAACUGAGAUAUUGGCUUCCUGGGGGUGCUUCUUAAUAUUUCCUAACAGAAGUACCUCACCUUUCAUUCAUGGUUGUGAAAGGUUAAUGCUUCUGUGCAGACUCUUGAAUUACUCCAAGCACUUAUGGAAAUCUUUGUGUGGCUUACUGUGGUUACUUUAAAAAAAAAAAAAGGUCUGAAGAGGCAGUCCUAAAAUCAAUAUAAUAUGUGACAUUUGAACAUCUUAGCCAGACACGUUGUUUUCUUUCUGUAGUCCUCUGCCUCAUUAAUUAUGAGAAGAUAGAGGCACAUCUUGACAGUGAUCCCUGGUCACUUGGCUGUACACCAGGAGGCUGAGGAAAUCCAGCAAUGGUGGGUACGGCUCCAAGCUCUGGAGCUACACAUGCUGUAGUGGCUGCAUCUCCAGGGCUGCCCGCCAACUGCAUCUCACACGUCUGCCUUCUCACUGCUGUUUCUUUUUCUGUUCCUGUUCUGACCUCUUAAUUCCUCUUUUUAUUUUACUCCUAGCCUGCACCCUAGCCGUGUCCCUGACGGCACGCACAAGAGGAGAAUUCACCUCUCUCAGUCCUAGGAUGAAGUGUCCUCAGCUGUGCUGGUUAGGUGGUGUCACAGAAGGGAGAAGUUGUGAAAUCCUGUAUGUCUCUCUGUGUCCUGUGAGAGCAGGGUGGGUCUGCAGCUGGGCCAGCCUUGAGCAGCUCUCCCUUGUGAUGCACACACCAGACGAGGAACUGACCUCCUCUGCACUGCUGCCUGGUCUGUAACAGCUGUAGUGUCCCUGCAGGUUUUUAACUGUUCUUGGCUGGGUGCGAAAGGGUGCGUGGAAUAUUAUCCAAUUUAAAAACAUUCAGAAGUGAUUGAGCUGUCUCAGCUGCUUUAAAAAAAAUAAAUAAGUAAAGUUUGAGUGUAGUCUGAGAGAUGGUUAAAGGAAGUAUUUGGACACGUAAGGCCCACACUUCCUGUAGUUGGGCAAGGUGGACCAACAUGGGGGUCUGACAAGCACUGGCUUCUAAGUAUUACUGCCUGCAUAAUGUAACUGCUCUUAAAGGUAAAAACUAAAUCUAUGCUAUGUUGUCAUAGCAUGUUCCAAAGCAAUGCAUUGGAAGGCAAUUUAAAUAAGGCCCAGAAAAAAAAAAAUUAUAUAUAUAUAUAUAUAUAUGUAUUUCAUAUGCAUUCAAGUACUGAGCAGUUCUCUGAAUAUGAAAUACAACAAGAGCUGUAGAAAACUUCUAGAAAAUCUGUGGUUCAAAAGUGUUGCACUAGCAUCAAAUUAUAGAGUUGUUUUCAGAAUUCCUAGCUUUGAAACAUGAUAUGGUUUUGAAAGCAAGUUAUUUGCACUGAAAGUGUUUCUGCUCUUUCAAUGUUUUUCGUUGUCUGAAAAGAAUCUUCACUUGAGAAGAAAGCUUUUAUUUGAGGAACAAGCUUGACCUGCAGCUCUGUAGGAAGAUUACUGACACUUAUGAAAAUGGACGGGAAAGUAGAGGGGUGGGGAGCUGUGCCAUCAUAGGUAAGGAAUGAGUGCCGUUGCUACAUCUAAAGAAAACAAAAACAAACAGACCCUGCUGUCCCACCAUACUUUGUAGAGGUUUUUUUUCUGUUUCUGUUGCAAGUGAAGAUACUUGAAUUGUCAGGGCAUAGGAAAGUUAUGUAAGGAGAGAAAGGAGUGAUGCAAUUAAAAAGUGUUAGUUAGAGUAGGAGCCAAUGUUCUCCAGUGAGGUGAAUUUUAGUUUUAUUUGGUGGGUUCACUUGCAUUAAAAACAUCUUCACUGUUUUCAUGAUAGAUGUUCAAGUAAUAUAUGACUCAUUUUCUGUUCCUCUUUGUGUUUUACAAGUGAGGCAGUUAAUAUCUAGACUUGACUAUAAAUCUUCUGGUAUCAAUUUAAAAUCCAGUUUUAUCCCACGUAUCUUCCAGCGCUAUAUUUCUUUGCUUGAGGUGAAAUUUCUCUCUUCUUGCUUUAGCUGGCUAGAAGGUGUAGGAAGCCAGGCAUCUUCAAGACCAGUGAAGGAAGGAGGAGGAGGAACUUCAUGCGUAUCCUUGAAAACACAUGUAUGCCAGAAAUGAGCAGCUACUCUCUGGGUGAAUAAGCAUAACUGAACAGUGUGUAUUACUGUCAUGUCUUUCGCACAUUAUGCAGUCAGCAUAACUGGUGUUGAACCCUUUUCCUCUCUUCCAGACUGUACUUGUGGCUAUACAAAUAUAGCAAAUUGGUUAUGCAAAUAUGCCACAGAUAACGAAGAAUCGAUAGUCCUCACUAGGUUGGGCUUCACAGUGUUGUUCUGACAUAGUGAAUUGCUGGGCUGAAUUGCUUUUCCUUUUUAUGUUCCAGCUGUCAGGUGGAGGGAUUUGUUUUCUUCUAAUGCAGCCAUACUUUCUGCCCAUAACCCAGAGUUUUGGUUAAAAUCUUCCUAUACAGAUAGAUAGUAGCAGUGUUGGACUUGUGCUCAGCCACAGCAACCUGAAUACAUUUGCUAUUGCUAUAGCAGUUGCGGCAUAAGUUAUUAACAAUUGUGAAGCUUUUGAAUCAUCUUAAAACAAAUAAAUAAAUGCGUGUAGUCACCAGCAGCCUUAUGGGAUUAGCGUUUUUUGAGCGCUUCCUCUGUGUGACCGUGAGAGUAGUGUUUGUUGAGAUUACAAAUUAGACUGCGGUUGGAAUAUUUUCCUGUUACGGAUCAGUUCUGGAUUCUUCCUUUCUUCUCCUCACUCCGUCAGGCCUGUGUUGUGGUUGUUGUCCUCCUCAGCGAAGGGCCUGCAUCGAAUUAGGCUUUGUUUGCUGCUGCGCCCACCUCAGGUGCAGCGCCUCUGGGAUCUUUCCUCCUAAGCCUUCUUUGUCUUGGAAAACUAUGGGCUGUAGUUUAUAAAACUUAUUUAGAUUCUUUUGGCUGAGAAGUGCAAUGAAAUUUUAAUGUGCAACUUUAUAAUGAUGUGUAAUGUUAGUGCAUAAUUUUGUAAGCUCUGCAGACACUUAAUUUGCGCUUCCCCCCUGCAGAUGCAUACACAUAUAAAUCAUUACCAGUUUGGGCUAUAAAUAUUUUCAAGUUACAGUUUUGUUCUUGAGCUUAUAGAAUUGAAAUAGCAUUAAUUGGAUUAAGUGUAAAACGUGCAGAAGAAAAAGUCUGUGAACCAUGUGAUUUUUGUUCAGUAAACAGUUCAGUGUACUCAAAUGUGCUUAUCUCUAGAUUUAUUGUGAAAAAGCCAUCAGUGGGUCAGGAGACUAACAGCAGUAAGUUAGCCUAAGGUACUAAGCCUUGGUUAUAAAAAUCUCCUUUAAAAACGAGGUAGAGUUCUUAUUGCUGACUUCUGUGUCUGAGCACAGUUCUACAUCAGGCUACCUGGUCUCUUUUCUUUUUCAUUUUUUUUUUAGUUGAAGUUUCAUCUGUCCAUAUCAAGUUCCGUGUAGCAUACUCCAGAAUCACAGAACUUGAGAAGCGUUUAGAUUCUUCUUUAUGGUGUGCAUUUGUUCUUUAAAUGAGCUACUAGAAUCAUAGAAUCGUUUGGGUUGGAAGAGACCCUUAUUAAAGGUCAUCUAGUUCAACUCCCCCUGCAGUGAGCAGGGGCACCUACAGCUAGACUGGGUUGCUCAGAACCCCACCACGCCUGACCUUGAGUGUCUACAAAAAUGGGGCAUCUACCACCUCUCAGGGCAAUCUGUUCCAGUGCCUCACCACCCUUAUUGUUAAAAACUUCUUCCUUAGGUCCAGUCAAAAUCACCCUUCUGUUACUUUGAAACCAUUUCCCCUUGUCCUAUCACAGCAGACCCUGCUAAAGAGUUCUGUUCCCUUCUUUCUUACAGCCCCUCUUUAGAUACUGACAGGCUGCUCCCAGGUCUCCCCAGGGCUUUCUCUCCUCCAGGCUGAACAGCCCCAGCUGUCUCAGCCUGUCCUCAUAGGGAAGGUGUUCCAUCUCUUGGAUUAUUUUUGUGGCCCUCCUCUGAACUCACUCUUAACAGGUGCACAUUUCUGCAGUACUGAGGACUCCACAUCUGGACACGGUACUCCAGGUGGGGUCUCAGCAGUGCAGAGUAGAGAGGGGCAGGAUCGACUCCCUCAGCCUGCUGACCAUGCUUCUUUUGAUGCUACCCAGGGUAUGGUUGGCUUUCUGGGCUGCAGCUGAUGUUACUGGUUUGCCAUUGUCCAGCUUGCCGUUCCCCUGUACCUCCAGGUGCAUUUGAGCAGAGUUGUGCCCUGUUGUUACUUCCCCCAGCUUGUACUGAUAGCGGGAGUUGCCACAACCAGUGUGCAGGGACUUGUGCUUGGAUUUGUUUAACCUCAUGAAGUUCUCCUGGGCCCACUGCUUGAGCAUGUUUAGGUCUCUCUGAAUGGCAUCCUGUCCCUCAGGCGUGUCCCCUGUACCACACAGCUUGGUGUCACCUGCAAACUUUCUGAGAGUGCACUUGUUCCUACUGUUGAUGUCAUUGAUGAAGAUAUUAAAGAGCACCGGUUCCAGUACUGACCCCCGAGGAACACCACUUAUCACUGAUCUCCAUUCAGAGAUUGAGCUGUUGGCCACAACUCUCUGGGUAUGAUUUCACAACCAGUUCCUCAUCCAUCAAACAGUCCACCUAUCAAAUGCUUAUCUUUCCAAUCUGGGGAGAAGGAUGUUAAGGUGGACUGUGUCAGAAACCUUACUGAAGUCCAGAUGGAUGACAUCAGUGGCUCUUCCAUUGUCUGCUGACACAGUUGUGCCAUCACAAAAAGCAAUAAGAUUGGUCAGUCAAAACCUGCCCUUAAGUGAAGCCAUGUUAGUUAUCCUUUUUCACCUCCCUCUCUUCCAUGUGCCUUACCAUGGCUUCCAGGAUGAUCUGCUCCAUUACAAUUUAUGACUGUAGGAAUGUGCUUAAGAUGGAUAAGCCCACUGCAAACUUCUAUUAUAAAAACUUUUUAAAAUCUAGAUCAAUAAGAAAUAUAAUGGUAGAAGCCUCAUUUCUUGAAAAGAGGUAGAUAUGGAAGUGGUUAAGGAAGCCUGUAUUAGUGCAGCAGAAGCAUAUUGCUCCCAUACACUUCAUGUUACUGACACAUGUUAAUCAUGAUGUACUUCAAAGGAGUAAACUACUGAAACAUUUCCAUUUGUUUAUGCUUUUAUCUUGAGAUGUUUGGUCAUAAUUUAGGAAUGCUUUACUCUGAAAGAGAAGUAUGAGUAGUUUAAUUGAAUUUAAUUGAAAACUUUUACUUUAAAAAGUUGUUUUUUUUAUUUAUACACUGCAGCCAUUCUAAAUGACAUUAAAUAGUAAUUAUGCCAAUUAAAAAAGAUUAUGAUCUUUCAUGCUUUGGUGGAAACUUUGAGCUUUGUUUGAGUGGUUUUUGAAGAUUUUUGGUUGGCCAAUUCCUUUUAGAAGCUGAAUUUCGUGUCUUAAGCAUCAGCCUCUCUAGAUUUCAUUUGAGUACUAAUGCCUCUAGUUUCUCUUUGUUACAGGUAAUACAUUUGAAGAUGGUGAGGUUUUUUGGUCCCUCCCCCUCCCGCCUUCUUUCCCCCAUUAGAGAGAAGUCCAGAGUCUUCUAGAAUACCUCCAGUUUUUAAAUUCUGCAGUGAUAAUUGCAUUCUCGAUUUGCAAAUGUGAGCAGUGCUGAAGACACUCUCCAAAACUGACAUGAUGCCAUCAGGUACACAUUACAGCAUCAGGCAACCGUUUUACGGUACCCCUCAGAACAAAUGGUAUAUAACACAAAAUUGUGGCUGUUCUACAAUUCUUUUACAACAUUUUGCUUUCUUGUUGAAUUCAGCAGGUAGUCCUCAAAUGGACUUCUUUGUUGUAUAUUCUUCUUACAACAGUUCAAGCUCUCCUUUUGAGAAAUGUCGAAUCACACCAUGGCAGUUUAAUGGUGCAGAGAACAGGCCAUGAUAACCCUAGGCAUGGUAGAAGGCUCUGAUCCUGUCCUCAAGAUCAGAGUGGCAAGUAAGGGAGAUAUAGAAUUUAAAGUAUUAUACUUUUGUGAACGUGUCUCUCGUUUGUGUCCAGACAGGAGACCGGCAGUACUGCCUUUCGUUUGUUCCAGUAGGCACGUUUGUGAAGCAAACCCUUUGUAUUAUUCAGGUGUUGAAAAGUAUGGGAGGCACUUCCUAGGUAAUGUCAUUGUUAAGCUUUGAUCUGGCAUUGUUUUGCUUUCCUUUUUUAGGACCUUCCCAUAGGACUGUCCCCUUUUGUUCUGAUCCAGAGGGUGUCUCCUGAAAUGCUACUGAAAGGUCUUUAAACUGUUCCUUGUUGAUGUGAUUUCAUUUCUUGCAGACGGUGUCUCAGAUCACCAUUCCAUGGGGUGAGAAGUAAACCUUUUCUUAGAGUUAUUCUCCCUGUCUACCCCUCUUGGGAAUGCCCAUGUUGCUAGUCAUAGCCCGUGAAAGGUGUUUUGCGUAGGAAGUUGAGAACUUUAGGUGGAGAGAUUUUUGAGAACUAUCUUGGGAAUCAAAGAGAAAUGAAGAUCUUGGGUGGUAUGGACUUAGGAAAGUGCUGUGUUCUUCUCAGUUUGAAGUAAAAGACGAUCAGUUAUGCAAGGUGCCAGCUUCUUCUAGGAGGAUGUUAGGGAAGAAUGAUCUACAUCCAAUGUACUUUACCUCUGUGGUGUUAGUCUUCCGAUUGAAAUGUUAACCUGCAAAGCAGUGGCUUUGAUGCAGUCAUGUUUGAGCAGAAAAUUUAUGAUCGUGGCUGCUGUAAAGCGCUUUGCUUUAUCUUCCUUCCCCCCCUUCCUCCCCACCCCCCAUUCAUAGAAGCUUCAUGGCAAACUUGGCAAAAAUGGCCAGCCAGCGCAAGUGUAUGUAUGAUGGGGAAAUGGGCAAAUAAAUAAAGAGAUCCUGCCAGCCUGUGAACUGGCUGCAGAGUUACUGUGAGAACAAGUGGAGAAGUUGGUUGGCAGACGCUGCUUCAAUAAAUCUGGAAAGUCGUUUUUUCAGUGCUCAUUGCUAGACAACUCGCAAACUUUGCCUUAGGCUCUAACAAUUAUCUCUGAUUUCCAGCAAGGCUGUUGAAUUAAAGAGAACUGCUUCAUCAGGAAGAGACAGGGACUAGUUCCUAAAGAGAUCUUUCAGGUAGUUUGUUGGGCUCUUCUCCAGCAGAACCUUGUGUAGGAAGCUGUUGCUCUUCUGGGUUCUUCUCAGAAAAUUUGAUUUUUGGAGGUCACAGAUCAUGUCAUGGACGAAGCAAGAUCCUGGGUCACAAACUCAUAUAAAGGUGGUAGAAGAGAGAUGUGCAUCUGUUGGCGAUGUGACAAAUACCUCACUGAGUAUCUGUUGGAAAUUGUCUGAGUGAAGGUGAAGGAUGCCUUUUUCUGAAUCUGUAGAAAGCAUACUUCUGCACAACAUCUCCAUCUCUGCAUUUUUAUUCUGCUUUGGUACCCGCUUUAAGGUGAGCACUGUGCCAGGAAAAGCAGGUGGGCAGAAACGUCCAGUUGCUUUCCAUGUCACUAGUGCUUUUUUAAUGAGUUUGUUGAUAAGCUACUAACUCACAAUAGAAAAGGUGUCUUGGGACUGAUCUGCAAAGUGAGGUAAGGGAAACUUCACAGGAGAGGAACCUGAAAUCUGUCCUGUCACUUUCCUCUGGACUUGCUCUUCUCUCUACACAUGCUUGUCCAAAGUUAGCCUUCUUCCUAGCAGUGAAAUCUGCUAGGAAUUUCUUAACAUCUUUGAGUGAGUCUGUUUCCAGGACCUGGAGCGUGCCCCUUUCUAUCAGUAGAUCAGAGUUCUGGGUAUUUACUGCUACAGCCUGAGCGCCUGUUAGCAUAGGCUUGCAGGACUGAUGUCUCUGCAGGUUAACAGUUACUGUAUUAAGCUUUUUUUGUCUUCUCAGACUUCAUACAGAGGAACAGAAGCUGCAUUCCUUACAUUGCCUCCAUAGGGAGUGAAUGAAGGAGGGAAGAAGUGCCUUUUGGUACAAGGCAGAAACCUAGCACUGUAGUACUGUCAGCCCUGUUUUUCCUACCUGUUGCUUCUGGUACUCAGUAGUGGUGGUAUUUGGCUUUUUUUCCUUGUCCCAUUUGAUCUUUAUACUUUCAGAAGUGAGUGAAAAUGAGUCCACAGAACUCAAAGGGAGCCUGAAAAGCCAACUUUAAUUUAGACAUCUUUGUAUCUUAGUGUGAGCUUUUCCUUUAUGCUUUUAUUUUAUUAAAUAAAUGAUGAGACUUGAGCUUCCAAAAUGUUUUGGUUUGUUUUUCUGCAAAUUGAUACUGUAAGUUAAGGUGCGUUCAGAAGUUGAGAUAUGUACAAGACCAGAGUUUGUACCAGGAUCAUUUUUAGUCAAUUUGUGUUUUUUUUUGUUUAUUGUAUAUUGCUACAGUAACUUUCUUUAAGGGACAAAUGCCAACAAAUAUGUAGCAAGAUAAAUUGGAAUAUGAAGCAGCCUGGGGAUGAUGCUAAUUGGGAAAAGUUUUAAAAUAUGUAUAAUAUUUUUAUACUUUAUGCAACUAUUGUGUUAUCCCCAACGUUAACUUGGGAGCAUUAUGGGGGCUGUUUUAUUGUGCUGGAAUCUUACAUAGCUGAUUCAGGAUCAGCUCUGGAUGCUUGUUCCUAGAAGCUUAUAAUUCAUUCCAGGUAAAAUACUGCAGGAGAAGGGAAGAGCAUGGAUAGUAACAUGUAAUAGUGAAAUCUGAUGUAAAGCACUAAGUGUUCUGAUGUGUCCUUCCUUAGAGGAACGGCUGUUAAUAUAUUGCAAACAAUCAGUCUUAGUGUAGUUUGGUUCAUACAGGUGCUUGCAUAGUGGCAUGGUUUUCUUUAUUCAGAAGACCUUUGCUUUUAGACUUUAGAAAGUGAGCUUCUUUGGCUGCCAUCUCAAUAUUAGUAGUGCCACUUAAAAACUGCUGAGCAAAAUGCUGUUCUGAUCCAUCAUCAAAAAUAGGUGCGUGGAGUGGCAUAGACUGUACUGAAACAAUAAUCUGACAUCAAGUGUUCUUCCAUUAUCAUCUGUUAAACAUUUAAAUAAAGAUUUGCCUUGCGAGAAGUAAUUGUAGCUGUACUUCUACAUGCUAAAUGCAAUUAGGUUGUUGUAAUUUUGCUGGAUAAAUACAGGUGCUCUGCAAAGACUGCCCUGUUUGGUGAAGAAUUUUAAGUAAGCAUUGAAGCUGAAGAGGCUUUAGUGUACCUGGCCAGAGACAGUUAUGCAGGUGACCAUUCCAUUAUGAAAGAAUAUACUACAUUAUUCAAUGUGAAAACCAGCUUUUCUUGUUGUUCUUGUGUGAGAGAAAUGUUGUUAUCAAGGAGUUUUAGACCAUGAUGCUGUUCUUGUAGUUAUUUUUGUUCUUUUUUUUUCCCCUUUGGAUUUUUCUCUCUUGCUGUAUGCUUAAAACAAGAGGAAGAGAGAAUGAAGGGAAAAGAAAAGGGCUCUUUUACACUUCCCCAAAGCAAAGUAAUAUUCGGAUUUUAAUUUUGGAAUAGGCUCGGCUAUGCUGAUAUCAGUAGGAUCAGUGUGUCAAAACACCCUGGAGAGAUUGGCCCCAAUCCCACACUGAACAUGGCACCAACUGCGCUUAAGACGUACUCGUUUGUCAUUGGACUUCAUAGAGGCUGUGUGUAUAGUGUUUCAAGUUGAGGAGUAAGUUGUAGAAAAGUAAAAUAGAAGACUGAUUGAAAGGGCAUUAUUGAUUGUUUCAUGUUGAUGCUUUUUAAUUAGACACUAAGUAUUUUACCACGAGGCCGCCUUCUUUAUUCAGAUCCUUUCUUCUCUUUGUGUCUCUGUUGUUGAUAUCCACUUUGCAACAAAAACUCUUUUGCAAAGACACUUUGCUUGUUUGUCCUCCUCCUUGUGUCCUCUGCUGUCGGGUGACUCUUUGGGGUCGAUUGUUUUUGCUCCUGGUGCUGCAGAGUGCUUCUCUCGCUCGAGGCAAUUGGUGUGCCGGAGUGGGACACAGCGUGUGUGUGUGUGUGUGUGUGUGUGUGUGUGUGUGUGUGGGACCGGGGCAGCGCCGUUAAGAGUGAAACUAAUUAUCUGCAAAGUGCUUUCAAACCCAAUAAACAGAAAUAUUUAAAAUAUUUUCGGUAACUUUAGCUUGUGAGGAAGCAUUUGUUUGCAAAUGAAGCUGGCAAGUUCACGCGUUGUUGUUUUGUGAUUUUAACAAAGUCCAUGACAGCUAUUUAUUGAAGUCAUGUGCCCUUGUCUGUCUGGGGAGUAUGUGUAUGUAGAAGGUGGAAGCACAGCUUCUUAUUCUUGCAAAAGGAAGUCCUUCUGAGGUAUGUUGUUGUUCAUCGUGAGUUGCACUUCUGUGCUGCUGUUGUUGUUGUGUUACUGUACAAUUGCUGUACCAACCACCUAAAAAUAAGGCCACUUCAAGGUUAUCUAAUAUAUGUUGUAUUCUGUGGAUUUAAAUAGCAGUGACUGAAAUGCUUGAAACAUUCGUGGGAUAUUGUGCUGCCGUGUUGGGCUAAAAGAAGGUGUUAGAGAAGAAAGCUACACCACCAUGGGUGGCUUCUGGUGGACAAAAAGCUUGACGUAAGCCAGCAGUGAGUGCUUGCAGCCCAGAAGGCCAAACUGUGUCCUGGGCUGCAUCAGAAGAGGAGAGGCCAGUAGGGGGGAGGAGGGUUGUACCCCUCUGCUCUGCCCUCAUGAGGUCCUGUCUGGAGUACUGUGUCCAAGCCUGGGGUCCCCAGCACAGAAAAAAAUAAAAAUGUGGAGCUGUUGUGGUGGGUCCAGAGGAGGUCACAAGGGUGAUGAGAGAGCUGGAGUACCUCUGGAGACAGGCUGAGGGAGCUGGGCUUGUUCAGCCUAGAAAAGAGAGUGCUCUGAGGAGACCUCAUUGUGGCCUUCUAGUACCUGAGGGGAGCUUAUAAACAGGAGGGAGACUGACUGCUUACUUGGUCUGAUUGUGCUAGGAUGAGGGGGAACAUUUUUAAACUAAAAGAGCUGAGAUCUAGGUUAGAUGUGAGGAAGAAACUCUUUACUCAGGGUGAUGAGGCCCUUGCACAGACUGCCCAGAAAAGCUGUGGAUGGCCCAUUCCUGAAGGUGUUUAAGAUCCAGUUGGAUGCAGCCCUGGGCAGCCUGAGCUGGUGGCUGACAGCCCUGCCCAUGGCAGGGGGUUGGGAAUUGAUUAUCUUUAAGGUCCCUUUCAAUCCAAACCGUUUUGUGAUUCCAUGACCUUAACGAUGGUAGCAUCUGGCUGUAAAGCAAAAUUCCUAUGCUGGUGUUUGGCUCUGCUCAGCUGGCACAGCUGUGAUCUUGUAGCUCCACCUAAACACGGUGUUUGAAACAAGGAAAAGGAAAUUUGGAGCAAUCCUAAUCUCUUGCAGGAAGUAGAAGAAAAUUCAGUUUUGGUGUAAAAUGUGAUGUAGUUGCAAUGCUGUGUACUGAAAACCCUCAAAUGAGAGCCAUAAACUGUGCUGCAGAGUGCCAGGACGGGCCAGGGCCAGCGUGUCCCAAACUCCAGCCUGCAGAGCUGCGCUGUCAUUUCAAGGUGGUCACGGCUCAUUUCCGCAGCCACUGUGCUGCCAGCGCGGCCUGUGCUGCACAGCCUGGUUUAAGAGCACUGCAUCCAGCAGGCUGAGGAGUAUCUGGUUAACUUGUUCUGUCUCUGUGCAAACUUUGUAUUCAAUGUAACGCCGGUUUAGCAAUGCUAAAAAGGAUAAGUUGCUUUUGCUGGUUUCUUGUAACAAUUCUUUUUCCUUUCAGGCAUGAGCCUAGUGAUUAUACUGCUAUCCUCAUAUACCCACAGCUCCUUGGACCAGGCACUGCUUCUCUGUGCUUGGUGUUCAGAUGGAGCAUUCUUGGUGCCAUCUGUAUUUUAGAGAGUGCUCCAGCCCCAGGUACUGGUGUGACACUGACUGUACUUUGUAGGUUAUAAUGUCCUGUACUGAACACAGAAGUAGGAAGGGAGGUGUCCCACAAUCUCAAGGAUUUUCUGCAGAAGCUGGGAUGUUGUCUGUUCCUGUGGCCUUCAUGAACACAGCUGUAUUUUGCUGUAUACUUUUGUUGCAUUUGCUGAUGAAAUGAGAGCUCCAGCUUCCUGGGAGGGAUUUUGAUACUGCCUUCAUAUAUGGCUGUCUUGAUAGAACCAGAGAAGUUUUAAUAGUCUGAGUAUAGAGGGAUGGCUGUUAUAAAAUCACUCAUGUGCAAAUACAUAUCUGUUUAGCAAGAUGCUUGUAGCUGCUGUAGAGGAUCGGCCUUUUGGUAAACUUGUGCAGUUUGGCCUGAAACUGAUGGUUGUUUAUUCUGUCAUAGAGUCAGCUUUACAGUUCAAUCACUGAACAUCUUCUUUUGCCUCUUUUUGUUUGUUUCCUCCCAAGUAAUACAGCUUUUACACUGCUCAAAGACUUCAGCUUUGGUUUUUCCUUAAUCUCUGUUCAAACUCGCAGAAGAAUAUUGCCAAACUUAAAGACUUCACAAGCAUUACGUUUGGUACCCAUGACCCAACAUUCUUCCCUCUGCUGAUAUCGUGUCAAUCCUUUCCUCUUACCUGGCUACAGUUUCCUCGUUUCACAAAGCCUUUUCUUUGUAACCUCUGCCCUGUUCUUGAUACAUUAGUCAGGUGUCGCAAUGGUCCUGAUGCUGUCCUAUGGGUCACCACAACCUUUCCCUUUCUGCAAUCAGAUUGUAGAUUGUGAAACUAAAGGAAGUUUAAUUGCAUUGCAGAGGGAGAGAAUUUUACAGCCUGCUCUAUUAUCAGAGAGAAGGAGAUAGGUGCUGGGGAGUUCUCUUUUCCCUUCCUUUUUCCUGUUGGCAACGGGACUGGCUGUGCUGUAGACCAGUCAGGAAAGAAAUUGAUGUAUCUGUUAAUUUCAAGGUACUGGAAUGGAAACAAAGAAGAAAGUAUCGCAGAGGAAGUUCUUGUAUUCUGUAGUGAUGCAGAUUUACUAACGGAAGGUCAAUCAUUUUUAAUUUAUGUCAAUGUUACCUGCUUUGUAAUAAUGAAACAGGUUUUUUAAGGGACUCGGAAAUUGUAUUGAACUGUAUUACUGACUUGAAACAUCUUUCUGUCUCUUGAAAACUAAAUCGCAUACAAAAUGCUCGGAAAUCUUGUUCACAUCUUGUCAGUUUAAUGCAGCUGACGGGGGUGAUUACAGACACAUCUGUGAAUGCUUUUAUGCUGUGGUGGUUUCAGGACCAUUAUGUUUUGGCUGUAAAAUAGUUGCCUAGUAACUAAUCCUUUACAUUGGGUGUCCCCUAGGACUGUCUUUGGAACUGGUUACACCUUGCAAGUUGAAUUGCUCUCAUUUAAGCUAAGAUGGGAAUGCAAAGGUCUUGCAGCUCAGAGUUUCUCUUUCCAUGGAAGCAGAAAUGUCUCAUCAGUUUGCUGGAACGCCUGUGGAAAGAGAAGUGGCUUUGGGUGGUAUGGCAGUACGUAUCAAUGUCACAUGGCGAUGUCAAGGAAGGAAAUAUUGGGAAGCCACAUGCUGUUAACCAGGGCCAAAUAAUUAAUAUGUCAGGAUUCAGCUUUAUCUUCAGUUUGUUGUCUGUGUGUUCUGAAUACAACAACAAAAGUCUGUGAUUUAAUGCUUUUGGGUCAAAGUGGGAAACUGGACUGGUGUUCUAGAGGUGGACAUCUACAGAUAGGCCUUUGUCAGGUCUGCUGUUCAUUCAGAGAAAAGUUCCUGAGAUGUCAGUUUCAUUGAUUUCAGUGCUGCAGUGAUGUGGGUUGGAAUUUGAUCCCCUUAGAGAGUGCUGCUGUGGGGACAGUGCUGUCACCAGGCCAGGGAAAAGGCUGCUUAAGUGCUACCGGUGCUUUGGCCUCUUGUUGGGAACCUGAAGAUACUUUUGGUUUCCUGUUAGCAUCAGUAAUGUUUCCAACUUUUAAUCUUUCCUGAAUUAGAGUCUGGGUUUAAGGUAACAGUUGCCUGCAGUGGAUGUUUUGAAAGAACCACUGGAAAAUCAGCUAGAAUAUUUUGGGUACUUGUAAUGUUGGGGGAACAGAGCAGAUCUGUGAGACCCAAGAAGUUUGUAGCAUCAACAAGAAACUUUGUCAUUUCAGUGACAUUGUAAACAUUUACUGGCCCAGCUAGGAACGUUAGUUUCUUCAUUGCUGUUUGACCAGAGAACCAUGUAAGGUUCCUUUUUUAUAUGCAUGUUUAUAUUCAUUUUGGGUUAUUUUAGCCCUGGAAAUGGCUCUGUGUAGAUAGAAGAAAGAAUCUUGUAGGAAGGGAAUCUUAUAGUGAAGACGUGCAUCUGGAAUUAAGUUUUAGAAAUACAUUCCUUGGAAUCUCUUCUCUAUGACUAUUUCUGUAGAAAAGGGCUUCCCUUUGUGCAAGCUGAAUGGAGGUGAGGAGAUUAUUUGCUCUAUUAGAAGUGAGCCUAAGCAGUGUUGCAUUAAGAAAUUGCAUUUUUUUUCCUUAUUCUUCCCCACAAGGGUUAAUCUACAGAACUGUGAGACACGAUCCUCAUAUUUACAAAACAAGGAAGGCAGGUGAUUGUGUGCUUUUCCCCUCAUGCCACACAAAGUUUGCUUUCUUAUCUGAACAUUGUCUGAAGAAACUGCCAGCGUUCAUUCUUGCAGUCAGUCGUGGUCUGUUCAGAGAGGGGCCAGGUUGGUGUCUUUGGAACACCCAUUUUGUGUGCUCUUGUGCACUUAACCUUUUAAAGUCUGUCUAGAGGUUCUCUGACAGUCUGAAAUCUGAGUAGAGUACUUCACCAUUUAUAGUCAUCUUUAUUUAAAGCAAAUGGUCUUUCCAUAUGAAAUUCCUAGCUCAGAUCAAAUUGUUAGUGGGUGUAGCCAUCCCAGGUACUGAGAAAGGCACCGGUUUGUGCACGGAUAUGAGAAGUGGAUUUAAAAGUUAUCUGAGGUGCAAUAUGAGGAGGAAUUAAAAGCGGAAGAUAAAGAAGGAGUUGCCCGAUCAUACGGGGUAGUGCAGAAAUCAGAGCAACCUGAAAAACAUUACCGAUAGUGAAUACUGCUGGCCAGAAACUGAAUAUCUGCUCAGGAUUUGAUAACUUUGAAUACCUUUCCAUUACUCUUUUGUGAUCUUUCCAGCGGUGAGAGAUAGAAUCAAGAACUUUGCUUAUAGAAACCUUACUUAUAGAGUUAAUAAGAAACUUUAAGUGCUAGCAGCUUAAAAACCUUUUGAAACCUGUGUUCAGCAGGGAGGCCUUUUUGUAGAGAUAGCGUGUGGGCACAUAUUUGUGUAUUGUGUCUGUGUCUUUGUAUGGGUUGUUGUACCUCCCUUCCCUUAACCUUGGUCAAAUCAAAGUUUUCUGCUAAGAUUGUUCUGUCAGCUGCUUGAUGCCUGUGAACAAGAAUGCAGUUAUAAGAUGCCAAACAGUGAAGCUUACUUUUGUCAAGUCAGCUGGACAAAACGAUGUUCAGAAAUGUGAAUGCCUUCAGAUGAUUUUCUUAUUAAUCUCUCAAAGCUAUUAAUCAAAACUUUCUUGCAUUAUUUUUCUUCCUGAAAGUCAGUUAAUUUUUUUUUUUUUUGUGCAUGGAAAUGGUUGCUGUAUUUCAGACUAUUAUAUGGAAGCAAAGGCGGUCUUUUUAAUUCCUGAAGUUGUUAAAGGAGAAUCAACUGACAGAACAGCCAUCAAGUAUUUGUUUUCCCUACCUCAAUUUACCUGCAUAGUAGGAAGCUUUAGGAGCCUCGCUCAGCUAUUUCUGAGUUCCUGUACUCGUCAGGCAUGACAUUCAGGUCAUGUAGGUGAACUUGUCCAUGAGGGAGUGGUGGUUCUGCUUUGACAUCUGUCUCCUGCUGAAGAUAAUAGUGGCAGUGUCUAUGGCGAGACAUGAUGCAAGAUUAUGACUUCUUUGUGUUUAAUGUUUGUUUUCUGCUAACUGCCUUUUGUGUAGUUGUUUUGAGCUCCUGCCAAAGUUGUGCAUGUCUGAGCACUUCCUAAAUCAUUUUGGAUUGUUUUAAGUGCACAUUGUUGGUGUCUGUUCUACUUUAGGUUUCAAGUGCUGCAUCCUGAUUUACUAAUGGCAAUUUAGAGCUGCCUCAGAUGAGAAUAAUAAGAUGCUGUUGAAACAGAAUAUGUGAAUGUGCUGCAGAUAAAUAUAGGAAGAAGCAAAUUUGACUUUAGUUUACUACACGUGUUUAAUUGAUCACAAGAAAUGGGAAAUAAGCUUAGCUGGAUGCAGAGAGCAGAUCUGUGUUGGUUUCAUUUUGUUACCAGCAAGCUUGAAAUCUGGCUCACCCACCUGCUUAGGCUGCCUUUGUAGUCAGUGGAUAGAGAUCACUGUAGAGAAUGAUCCCUCCCCUGAUACGUCUCUGGACUGACUCUAAAGCAAGCUUAAGUGUUGCUUUUGAAGGCAGGAGUCUUCAUGCAGCUGUCUGCUUAUGAUCUUCUACAUUACUGACAAAGACCUUGUGAUGCAGAUAUGCUUGGUCUGGUAGAGUGUAUAAAAGGACCUCAUUACCUAGAAGAAGCUUUUCUUUUUCUUUCUGUGUUAGUGCAGACAGGAGGAGAGAGAUUUUCUUGUAAACAAUUAGUUCCUGAAAAUGACCUGAAGUGGUUGGGAUUAGGAUGGCAGAUCAGCUGGUGAUUUUGUGAGGAUGUAAAAUCAAAGCACCGUAGGAAUAUCAUAAUGUGAAGAAAGAUGCUGAAAUAAGUUAGAGUUUCAACUGUAGCGAUAGCAAAACAAACUUGAAAAUAAUGGAAGUGCCAGUCAUUACAGACUAAUGAGUAUGAGUCUAGUGACUAAUGAGUAUGUGACUACAGCGAAAAUACCUUUCAAAGUCAUUCUUCUGCAAGGAAGAGUGCAGGCAUCCUUCUCCAGUUUUUAACUUGCAAAUACGAAACUACUGUAGCACAAUUAGAGCCAGACUAUAUUUUAUGAGCUUGGUGGAGAGGAGAUGUUAUGCAAAGUUGAUGUGUAUAUAUUACUGCUUUUUUUUUUUUUUUCCAUUGUGAACAUUGUUGUGACAUUUUGGCUGAGAUUUUUAAAUCAAAUAAUGAAACCUUUCCAAUAGGCAGGUUAUUCUGGUUGUCCAGGGCUAUACAUAAACUUAAAAUAUGUGUUUAAAACUGGGAUUAGUUUAUAUGGAGGCAAUUUUGUCCAAGUUAUGUAGUUUUGUUAUCUAGAAUUACUUGGGUCUGUUCAGCCUGGGGAAAAGAAGACAGAGGAGAACUGAUAAAUGUAAAUAUCUAAAGGGAGGUGGGAGACAAGUGAAUGAGACCAGGCUGUUCUUGGUGAUACGUAGCAAUAGGACAAGGUGAAGUGGCCUAAAACUUGAACGUAGGAAGUUCUGUACUAACAUGAAGAAGAACUUCUUUACAGUAAUGCUGACAGAGCACUGGAACAGGCUGCCCAGAGAGGUUCUGGAGUCUCUUUCUGUGGUGAUACUCAAGACCUGUCAGGACACCUAUGCAUGUGACCUGUUGUAGGGUACCCUGGGCACCCUGUGCUGGUGGCCCUGCUGGGCAGGGGGUGGAACAGAUGGACCCAGAGGGCCUGGCCAGCCUCAGCUGCUCUGUGACACUAUGAAAACUGUUGUGUGAAUACUUCACUGUGAAAUUAUGGUGAUUGCUCUUUGGUAAAGGUUUCAUGUUCACUUGGAGUUGAAAAGCACUUGCAGUAUGUAAUAAACCAUUGGGAUGAGCAGUGUGGUGUUAAGGGCCAAAAGGAAGCAGACAUUGUUUCAGGCUGUGUGAGUGCCUGCACAGAAGUCAUAGUGAAGUCCUAGUAGUGCUGUGUUCAGAGAUGUUAGGACCUCUUGUGGAGUACUGUACUUACAGAAGUACAGUAAACACUGAAAGGACUGAGGAGCAUCAUGAGUUUAGAAAAGAUUACCCACAAGAACAGAGCGAUGAACUCAAACUAUUUUCCUCCGGGAAUGAGAAUACAGGGGAGAGACUGUGCCUCAGGAGUGCGAAAGAAAAGCGAGAGGAAAAGCUACUCUUUUCCCACGGGGAACAGAUAAGAUAGUUGUGAAGUUUGUACAGAGGGCUUGUAGAAGGUUGGGGGAAUUUUGGGAAGUGCAUUCGGCCUGGAGUGGAUUCCUCCGAGAGGUUGUGUAAGGUCUUGUGUGGGCCUGGCAGGGGUGGUUGUUACCUCACGCACACCGGCUCCCACGGCGUGCAUGAGGUAACUGCAGAAGUCAGAGCUCAGCAGGAACCAAAAACUGCUGUCACAUCUAGGAGGUGGUAUAAGCUGCUAGCCUCUCUUGAAUAUGAGGUACGUCUUUGAUAGGCAGAAUUUCCCAUUCCAUGCAAAAUUGGUAAUCAAAGAAUUAACAUCUAAUUUGGGCCAGAAGAAUAUAGCCUGAUGCACAGCCCUUGGGCCAGAAGAACUCUCAUUUCAUAAAAUACAGAGGGCAAAAACCCUGUAAUGAGGUGGAAUUGCGUUGAUUUUAAUCAGUAUAGAUUUUGUGUGUAUAUGAAACAGCUAAUAUUUGUAUUAGCAAGCUUCAUUCUCAAAAUAACAUUAUGUACAUAUGUAACAAAAUGAUGAAAGUUGGCAUUUCCUCAUUCAAGAUGUAUCAGUUUUCAAAGUGUUUUGACUAGAGCUCUCUCAAGUAAUGUGCUGGUACUUGAGUAAGGUUUCAUUUGUUAUUCACCAUCCCAGGGAUGAGGAGGCUGGGGUGUUGUGGAAUUUCAUUGGUGCUAUUUAGUCAGCUGGUAAAAUCUGUCUUAUAAUGGCAAGAAACAGCCUGCUUCCGCUGAGCUCUGAGCCGAGCUCAGAGAUGCUUUGGUGCAGUUGGUUGAUGCUGCAUGGAAAUGAGGGAGAAUCUGAAGCGCAGCUACUUCUGUGGCACUGCCUAGAGAGGCUUUACAAGCCUUCUUGCAAGGGGAGGGGGAAAUUCCAUUUUAAAUGAUAAUUGUGAUACUAUUUACUGAUAAUACCCUAACAAACAGCUGUUGUUGCUGUGACUGUAAUACUGAUAGAGGAAAAGGAUGUAACUCUUCUCUAAUUUCUUGUAUGAUUUUUGUUCUAUUUGCAUGUCAGAUUUGGUACAUACACCCACCAGUAGUUUUAUAGGAUGCAAGAACCUUUCCACAAGUUGCAAGUCUGACUUUAAUGAAAUAAAGGAAACUUAGUACAGUCUGGAUGAUGAUAGCAUCAGAAAAAAAUAUCGUCAAUUGUACAGACGCUAGAACUUAAAGUGCAGAAUUGUAAGACAGAUAAAGAAGCCAGUGUUUCCAAUGAUAAAUUGUGAGCUUAAAACAGAAAGGGAAGGGGGUCUUGGAAACACCGAGGUUUUGUCUUACGGUGCUGGGGCUCCCUAGGGAUCUAGUUCCUCGUCAGAUAGAAAGGAUCGGUCUAUCUGUAAACUUUCAGUGUUACACACUGUAUUUUUACUGGAUAAAAUAGAAGAGGUACCAAACGCUGUGGAUAAGCAAGAAGUUUACUUGUUGAGGAAGGGAACUUCCUUUUUUGUCCUGUGGCUGCAGUAGGCACAGCUGGUUGUGCUGGGCCUUUUCGGGGCAGUGCUCUCAGCAGUGUGAAUGUGCCCUUUGGCUUCUUGGUGCAGUGAGAUAUAACUGUGUCUCUGUAUGGGGGAACUGAUUAUUUCACUAGCCCAGGGUCCUACAGUACCACUGCAUGCAUUAGGCUUGUAUGAUGUACUUUUUCUCUGAUGUAAUGUUCAUUUCCUGGACCACUUGAAGCCAGAACAUGGAGGUUCUGAACAUCGUGAAAGGUCAGAGUUUCUGCCUGCCUCAUUUCUUUUCUUUUUAUCCUCUCCCAUCACUUCUUCAGUGAACCACAGCUUUUGUCAGGAACUCCUCUGGUUUCCUUCCAUCUCUUUCAGAUUUAGAAACGUGAAUUCUGCUCCUCCAGUUUGUUUUUGUUUAUUUUGUUUUUCCAGUCAUCUCUGAAAACUGUUGAGGCGUGACUUUGUGCUUGUUCCCAUGCUGUCUCAAGGGUGGCUUGGAAGCAUCUCCCUAUUUCUUCUAAGGAGGCAAAGCUGCCUUGAAGCUGGAUAAUAGAAGGAGUCAGCCAGCAUUCAAGCAUUACUGGGGUUAGCAGAAAGAUGCACGCAGUUAAAAAGUAAUCUGGGGGAUGCUUGUGGUGUCUGAUGUGGCUUUCUUAUGGGACUAAUUCUGUAUUAUUUUUAGAAUAACUUGACGGAAUCAAGGCAUCUGAGCCUUUCCAUUUAGAAGUCUCUUAUUUUAACCUUAUAUUAAUCUUGGUGCACUAAGUGUGUUGAAAGGGAUUUUUUUCCGUUUGCGGAACAAUAAGAAUUGUGUGAAGUUUGGAAGGUAACGAUGUCUUGUCCCUAGUAAUGUUUUAUUAAUCUAAUUCGUUUACAGGAAGCGUUCAUCAGUCAAAAUUUACUUUCCUCAGCAGAGACAAAAAAUUAAUGGGCAGAAGAGCAGUGUGUAGGUGACAAACAGCAUGUUUGGUGCUUCAAGGAAGAAGUUUGUAGAGGGGGUUGAUGGUGACUACCAUGAUGAAAACAUGUACUACAGCCAAUCAUCGAUGUUCCCACAUCGGUCAGAAAAAGAUAUGCUGGCAUCACCGUCAACAUCAGGUCAGCUGUCUCAGUUUGGGGCAAGUUUAUACGGGCAACAAAGUGCACUAGGCCUUCCAAUGAGGGGAAUGAGCAACAAUACCCCUCAGUUAAAUCGCAGCUUAUCACAAGGCACUCAGUUACCGAGCCACGUAACGCCAACAACAGGGGUACCAACAAUGUCACUUCACACGCCUCCAUCUCCGAGCAGGGGGAUAUUGCCUAUGAAUCCUAGGAAUAUGAUGAACCACUCCCAGGUUGGUCAGGGCAUUGGAAUUCCCAGCAGGACAAACAGCAUGAGCAGUUCAGGGUUAGGCAGCCCCAACAGAAGCUCUCCAAGCAUAAUAUGUAUGCCAAAGCAGCAACCCUCUCGACAACCUUUUACUGUGAACAGUAUGUCUGGAUUUGGGAUGAACAGAAAUCAGGCAUUUGGAAUGAAUAACUCCUUAUCAAGUAACAUUUUUAAUGGAACAGAUGGAAGUGAAAAUGUGACAGGACUGGACCUCUCAGAUUUUCCAGCACUAGCAGACAGAAACAGAAGGGAAGGAAGUGGCAAUCCAACUCCAUUAAUAAACCCUUUAGCUGGAAGGGCUCCCUAUGUUGGGAUGGUAACAAAACCAGCAAGUGAGCAGUCCCAGGACUUUUCAAUACACAAUGAAGAUUUUCCAGCAUUACCAGGUUCCAGCUACAAAGACCCAACAUCAAGUAAUGAUGAUAAUAAAUCUAAUUUGAAUACAUCAGGCAAAACAUCAUCCAGCACAGAUGGGCCCAAGUUUCCUGGAGAUAAAAGUUCAACUACGCAAAACAACAACCAGCAGAAAAAAGGGAUCCAGGUGUUACCUGAUGGUCGGGUUACCAACAUUCCUCAAGGGAUGGUGACGGACCAGUUUGGAAUGAUUGGCUUGUUAACAUUCAUCAGGGCAGCAGAGACAGAUCCAGGAAUGGUACAUCUUGCAUUAGGAAGUGAUUUAACAACACUAGGUCUCAAUCUCAACUCUCCUGAAAAUCUUUAUCCCAAAUUUGCAUCACCUUGGGCAUCGUCACCUUGUCGACCUCAAGACAUAGACUUCCAUGUUCCAUCUGAAUACUUAACUAACAUUCACAUUAGGGAUAAGCUGGCUGCAAUAAAACUCGGCCGAUAUGGAGAAGAUCUCCUGUUUUAUCUCUAUUACAUGAAUGGAGGAGAUGUAUUACAGCUAUUAGCGGCAGUAGAGCUAUUUAACCGGGAUUGGAGAUACCACAAAGAAGAACGAGUAUGGAUCACCAGGGCACCCGGAAUGGAGCCAACAAUGAAAACCAAUACAUACGAGAGGGGAACAUAUUACUUCUUUGACUGUCUUAACUGGAGGAAAGUAGCUAAGGAGUUCCAUCUGGAAUAUGACAAAUUAGAAGAAAGGCCUCAUCUGCCAUCAACCUUCAACUACAACCCUGCUCAGCAAGCCUUCUAAAGACUUCCCUUUUCUUGGGGUAUGGCUGUCUCAGCACAAUACUCAACAUAACUGCAGAACUGAUGUGGCUCAGGCAUCCUGGUUUUAAUUCCUUGAGGAUCUGGCAAUUGGCUCAUGCGAAGGGUCACCAUUUGAGGUCCUGCCUUACUAAUUAUGUGCUGCCCAACAACUAAAUUUGUAAUUGUUUUUCUUUAGUUUGAGCAGGGUCUGAAUUUUUGUUUUUGUUUUAUUUUUGCCAGCAGACAAGCUUGGGUCUGUAAAGACAAGCGAGUACACUGACAAAAGUUUACCACUUAGUUUUCCAAAAUGUAAAAAGACAAAAAAUAAGAAAAAAGACAAAAAAUUAGACAACAAAAUUUGCAUUGUUCAUUGUAGCACUAUUGGUAAUAAAAAAUGUUUGUGCAUUUUUAUGUGAAGAUCCUUCUCGUAUUUCAUUUGGAAAGAUGAGCAAGGUUUGCUUCCUUCAUUUUACUUCCCCUUCUGUUUUUGAAAGGCAGUUUUCGCCAAGCUUAAUGCAAGAAUAUCUGACUGUUUAGAAGAAAGAUAUUGCCACAGUCUCUGGUUAGUUUCCAGAGUUGUGUAUUACUGAGCUUCAUCUUUCCAGAAUGAGCAAAACACUGUCCAGUCUUUGUUACGAUUUUGUAAUAAAUGUGUACAUUUUUUUUAAAUUUUUGGACAUCACAUGAAUAAAGGUAUGUAUGUACGAAUGUGUAUAUAUUAUAUAUAUGACAUCUAUUUUGGAAAAUGUUUGCCCUGCUGUACCUCAUUUUUAGGAGGUGUGCAUGGAUGCAAUAUAUGAAAACGGGACAUUCUGGAACUGCUGGUCAGGGGACUACUUUGUCGCCCUGUGCACUAAAGGGCCAGAUUUUCAGCAGCCAAGGACAUCCAUACCCAAGUGAAUGUGAUGGGACUUAAGUGAACUGAGACAAUUCACUCUGGCUGUUUGAACAGCAGCGUUUCAUAGGAAGAGAAAAAAAAGAUCAAUCUUGUAUUUUCUGACCACAUAAAGGCUUCUUCUCUUUGUAAUAAAGUAGAAAAGCUCUCCUCA